AUGUCAUUGGCCUUUGACGAGUUCGGCCGUCCCUUCCUUCUUCUGAAGGAGCAGGCCCAGAAGGAACGGGUGACCGGGGUGGAGGCGCAGAAGGUCAACAUCCUCGCCGCGCUCGGGGUGGCCAACGUCUUGCGCACCAGCCUCGGACCUCGCGGGAUGGACAAAAUUUUGACCACCCCCGACAACGACGUGGUCGUGACCAACGACGGGGCCACCAUCCUCGACUUAAUGGACAUCGACAACGAGAUCGGACAGCUGGUCGUGGAGCUGAGCAAAUCCCAGGAUUUCGAAAUCGGCGACGGGACGACCGGGGUGGUCUGCAUUGCGGGAGCCCUCCUGGAGCAGGCCUCGGAGCUAUUGGAUAAGGGCAUCCACAGCUCCCGCAUCUCGGAUGGGUUCGAGAAGGCCUGCGAGAUCGCCUGCAAGAGGCUAGAGGAGAUUGCGGAGACAAUUCCUAUUGACGGAAGGGAAUACCUCAUCCAAACCGCCCGCUCGACGCUCAACUCGAAGGUGGUGAAUCGUGUUCGCGAUCACCUGGCGAAGAUCUGCGUGGAUGCGGUGCUGUCGGUGGCGGAUUUAGAGCGUCGUGAUGUAAAUAUGGAUCUUAUCAAGGUUGAGGGCAAAGUUGGCGGACGCCUGGAGGACACCUGCCUCGUGAACGGUAUCAUCAUUGACAAAGACUUUUCCCAUCCGCAGAUGCCUAAAGAACUGAAAACCCCGAAAAUUGCGAUUCUCACAUGCCCCUUUGAGCCCCCUAAACCGAAAACGAAGCACACUCUGCAGAUUAAGAACGCCGAGCACAUGCAGGAACUCCACGAGCAGGAGCAGGCCUACUUUCGCGAUGAGAUCAAGCGGUGCAAAGACGCUGGAGCCGAUUUGGUGAUUUGCCAGUGGGGGUUUGACGACGAGGCGAAUUAUUUACUUUAUUAUAACCAACUCCCUGCAGUUCGUUGGGUGGGUGGCGUUGAGUUAGAGCUCAUUGCGAUCGCUACUGGCGGGCGAAUCGUCCCUCGUUUUGAGGACCUUACCACGGAGAAGCUCGGUACCUGCGGAACGGUGCGAGAGGUGGGGUUCGGCACCACAAAAGAUCGUAUGAUUUUCAUCGAGAAUUGCCCGAAUAGCAAGGCGGUAAGCAUCUUUAUCCGCUCCAGCAAUCGGAUGAUGAUUGAGGAGGCCAAACGUUCCCUUCAUGACGCCAUUUGCAUGGUGCGUAAUCUAAUUCGUGAUAACCGGAUUGUAUAUGGCGGCGGUUCGGCGGAGAUCGCGGCGUCAUUGGCGGUGCUUCGCCAUGCGGAUGAAACCCCAACGGUGGAGCAGCACGCCAUUCGCGCCUUCGCCGACGCCUUGGAGACGAUUCCGAUCAACUUAGCACUGAACAGCGGCCUCGAUGCCAUUAUCGCCCUCUCCGCCGCUCGCAAGGCGCAUGUGGAGGGGAAUAACCCCUUCGCCGGUAUCGAUUGCAUGGAUAACGGAACGAUUGAUAUGAGACAGCAAAAGGUGUUUGAAACCCUCCACGGUAAGUGCUCUCAGCUUCGCCUGGCAAUGCAGGUCGUGAAGAUGAUAUUGAAGAUAGAUGACGUUAUCUUAACGAAGCCGGAGGAGCAGAACUAG